GGUCCUCCUGGACCGGAUCCCUCGGUGCCGAGUUGGCAAAGUUUGCUGGGAUCCGCUCCGUUACCGCCGCCACCGCCACCCUUUCCAGUUGUGGUUAGAUGGCGAGGAAGAGAUUUACGCUUCUCUCCUCUUCCCUUGCUCCCCACCCCUCUCCUUUUAUUAAUUGCUGCAACCUCCGCUCCGCUCCCGUCCCCCGUGGCGCGGACGGUGGCAGUCAGUAAUGGCUGCAGCGCUGAUCUCGGCCAGGGGUUGUAGGUCACUUCUGUGUCCCAGCUUCCGUGCUCGGAGAUGGAGACCCGCCCCGAUCCGUAGAAUUUUUCAGCCACGCUAUUCUGUUCAGAAAAUGUCAUAUGUCCUUGAACCCUUCUUUGAGUAUGUUGAUAAACACCAGGACCUGUAUGUUGAGCGGUUAGCCCAGUGGGUGGCAAUCCAGAGUGUGUCAGCAUGGCCAGAAAAGAGAGGAGAAAUCAAGCGAAUGAUGGAAGUUGCUGCCAAGGACAUUGAGCGACUGGGUGGCACGACUGAGCUGGUGGAUAUUGGAAAACAGAAGCUGCCUGACAGUUCAGAGAUUCCUCUGCCUCCAAUAAUUCUGGGCAAACUUGGCUCAGAUCCUCACAAGAAAACAGUUUGUGUCUAUGGACACUUGGAUGUACAACCUGCAGCUCUUGAAGAUGGCUGGGACAGCGAACCUUUUACCUUGGAGGAAAGAGAUGGGAAGCUGUAUGGCCGAGGGUCCACAGAUGACAAAGGUCCAGUGCUUGCCUGGCUGAAUGCCCUGGAAGCUUAUCAACAAAUUAAACAGGAAAUCCCAGUUAAUGUCAAGUUUUGUCUGGAAGGUAUGGAGGAGUCUGGCUCCGAAGGCCUUGACAAGUUGAUUUUUGCACAAAAAGAUGCUUUUUUCAAAGAUGUAGACUAUGUUUGUAUCUCUGACAAUUACUGGCUGGGCAAGAAGAAGCCCUGCAUCACCUAUGGCCUUAGGGGCAUCUGCUAUUACUUCAUAGAGGUGGAAUGCAGUGACAAAGACCUUCAUUCUGGCGUACAUGGUGGCUCGGUUCAUGAGGCUAUGACGGACCUCAUUGCUUUGAUGGGCUCCUUAGUGGACAAGAAAGGAAAGAUCCUCAUUCCUGGCAUUAAUGAUGCAGUGGCUCCUCUCACUGAUGAAGAGCAUCAACUUUAUGACAGAAUUGACUUUGAUUUGAAGGAAUAUGCUAAGGAUGUAGGAGCCACACAACUGCUGCAUGGAACAAAGAAAGAUAUACUGAUGCAUAGGUGGCGAUACCCUUCGUUGUCCCUCCACGGAAUAGAAGGAGCUUUCUCUGGAUCCGGCGCUAAAACUGUGAUUCCACGGAAAGUGAUUGGCAAAUUUUCAAUAAGACUGGUGCCAGACAUGACUCCAGAAGUUGUGACUAAGCAGGUUCAAGAUCACUUGUCCAAAAAGUUUGCUGAGCUGCACAGCCCCAAUAAAUUCAAAGUAAACCUGGGCCAUGGUGGAAAACCUUGGGUGUCAGAUUUCAACCAUCCCCACUACAUGGCUGGAAGAAGAGCUAUGAAAACAGUAUUUGGUGUGGAGCCAGACUUGACCAGAGAGGGAGGAAGCAUUCCUGUCACCCUGACCUUCCAAGAAGCAACAGGCAAAAAUGUAAUGCUUCUGCCUGUGGGGUCUGCAGAUGAUGGAGCCCAUUCUCAGAAUGAGAAACUCAACAGAUUUCUCUUUCCCAGGUACAAUUAUGUUCAAGGUGUCAAGCUAUUGGGUGUAUACCUGCGUGAAGUUGCCCAGUUGGAGGACUGAAUCGGCAUCUUUUUCAACCUGAAAGUUUCUCAAAUGUACUUUCUUGCAAUGUUAAAAACUACACUGUUUUUGUUCUUCUACCAGACUAAUUCACACAGAGAUGUCUGAUGAAAUAAUUUUGAACUCAGUAUUGAGCACUAUAUAGAGACAGAUAAACAAACAACAAAUUUAGUGUGCUCAGUUUGAAGCACUACCACAGUAUAACUCUUUCCACCUACCUACUGUCUCAAGCAAAAGAGAAAGGGCCGAAGAGGAAGAAAGUAUAUAGAAGUCUAUUACUUUCCCAUAAUCUGAUGUGUGUAAGUAGCAGCAAAUGACCAGUAAUGCUUCAUCAACCUCUCCCACUUCUAAAACUACCUGUAACAAACCCUGCAAUUUUCUCAUUGCAUUUCUCACAUGAAAUGUUACCAAACCAAAUUCUGAGAGCAAUUUCCACAAUUUUUGCUGGAGCAAAACUGUUCUUUUUACAAGUUUAGACAAGGAAACAAAAGCAUCAUGGCAAGUUUUCACGUGAAUUGGGAGUGUUACUGUGGGCAGCAAAAGAGCAAAGGAGUUUUCCAUUCUCCACUCCCCACCCCAAAUUGGGGCUCAUUGUGUGCUAAGUUGUGUCUUGUCAGACACCUGUGCCUGUUAGCAAUCUCUGCAGACCUUGAAGACAUAAUAUAUUCUGGACUAUUAAUAACAAACUGGUAUUUUUCUAAAGCAUUCUUUGUACUCCAUGUGGAAAGCUGCUAAAUAAAAAUAACUCUGGCGCUACCAA